AUGCCACCAGAAUCCACACUGCCACAAGAUGGCCGCAAUGAAUUUUCCUCUGCUACUAAUCACGUUUCAUGUUGUCCAGGGUCUGGUUUGGAACUCUUUGAAGGGGACAUUGUGAACAAUCCAAUGGGAAGAAAUACAAUAAUUGGAUUGCAAUAUAGGUGGCCUUUGACAGUCCCUUAUUACUUAGAAGACAGUCUUUCAAUUAAUGCUAAAGGUGUGAUCCUGAAAGCAUUUGAACGCUUCAGGUUAAAGACUUGCAUAAAUUUUAAACCAUGGAGUGGAGAAAAAAAUUACAUCUCAGUGUUUAAAGGCAAUGGAUGUUAUUCUUAUGUUGGAAACCAGCAGAUUGGAAAACAAAUGCUGUCUAUUGGAACUGGUUGUGAUAAUGUGGAAAUAGUUCAGCACAAACUUCUCCAUGCACUGGGUUUUUUGCAUGAACAGUCGCGUUCUGAUCGUGAUGACUAUGUGACCAUUGUCUGGGAAAAUAUCCAGUCUAGCCAAGUGUCAAACUUUCAAUUGUAUGAUGAGUCAAUAGCAACAUUUCUGGAUGUCCCUUACGAUUACACAUCUGUCAUGCACUACAGCAACAAAGCUUUCUCCACUGGAAAGGCAACAAUUAUUACAAAGAAUGCUCAGUUCAACAAUGUCAUUGGGCAGCAGACUGACCUCAGCCCAGACGAUGUUCUAAAACUGAACCGGCUCUACAAUUGUACUUCCUCGCUUACUUUUCUGGAUUCAUGUGAUUUUGAGUCUGAUGAAAUGUGUGCCAUGCUGCAGAGCUCGGUUGACAGCGGCGAUUGGCAGCGUGUUACCUCAGCACCAGGAGGACCAGAUUCAGACCACACCUAUAUGCAAAAUGGUAAAGGCUAUUUUAUGCACUUCAGCACUAGCACUGGUAGCACUGGGGAUACAAGUGUACUUGAAAGCAGAUUAUUCUAUCCAGUCAGAGGAUAUCAGUGUCUGGAAUUCUUCUACUAUAACAGUGGUAGCAAAACUGACCAGCUCAACAUCUGGAUCAAGCAGUAUACAACAGACUCUCCCAAUGGCACCCUUAUAUUUGUAGACUCUGUAUCCGGUAAUCCUGCUGAUUUCUGGCAGCUCCACCAUUCUUCAUUGAAUGCAACAUAUAAGUUCAGAUAUGUAUUUCAAGUAGUCAAAGGAAAUGGAAAUUCCACUGGUGGUUUCUCGAUUGAUGACAUCAACUUAUCUGAAACAAAAUGUCCACAACAUUUUUGGCAUAUCAGAAACUUCACACAAAAUGUGACUAACACAUUCAUUUACAGUCCUCCCUUCUACUCUAAAGAUGGCUAUGCCUUUCAGAUUGGAUUAUAUGACUUCCUUUCUGAAGUCUCACCUUUGAACAUUGCAACAUAUCUGUUCCUGAUAUCAGGGGCCAAUGAUAAAACUCUUCAGUGGCCCUGUCUUUGGAGACAAGUGACAAUAGAGUUCCUGGACCAGAAUGCAGAUGCUCAACAGCGAGUAACAAACAUGAAGAGUAUUACAACGGAUCAAACCAUGAAUGGUUACAGACAAUAUUUGUGGGAUAACCCUGCAUUGGUUGGGUGGAAUAAGACAUUCUCUAAUGGAACCUAUUACAACAUAACCGGUGGCUUUGGAGAUAUUCUUUUCACAUCUAAGGAUUGGCUGAACAGAAAUAACUUCCUGAAAGGCGGAGAUGCUUUUAUUCUUCUUUCCACAGAAGACAUCUCCAGUCUCACAGCCUCACAGCCAUUGCCUUCAUCCACAACCAUUUCUUCACAGCCAUUGCCUUCAUUCCCAACCAAUUCAUCGCAGCCAGUCUACUCUACGUCUAACCCAAACAAUUCUUCAUCAUCUGAAGCUCUACGUCUCUGCAGCCAAAACAUUUGCUAUAAUGAUGGCAUCUGCAUUAUAGAAAAUCAGAUUGAAACGUGCAGGAAGGACUGGAAGAAACGCACAAGACGAGGCAACAAGAAGAAGAAACUCGGGGCCAUCCAUCAAUACGAGACAACAAAAACUCAAGAAUGUCCGAUAAUCAAUCUGUCAUCCAGAACCCUCUCCGACAGUGAAAAUCAUGUCCUUAGUAAGGGAUUUUCAUUCUGUCCAUCCCCAGCAUUUAAUGACUUCCAGUUUGAAAUAGACACCUUCAAACUUGAACGUGCUUUGAAAUUAAAACAACACUUCAGUCACCAUUCUUGUACCAAAGGUAUAGACUCCUCUACCAACAAGUUUAAGAACAAAAGCUCAUUCAUUCCAUCGGGCCAAUUUGCUUCAAUUGAGACCUACAUUAAAACCGUCAGAUAUGACACUCGCAACAUUACGGAUCGAAGAAGGAUACAUAAGCCACAAUGCCAUUCGAAUCUGACACGAGUUGAAUUAAAUGCCCUAAAAUCACUACAGCAAGAUGAUUCUAUUAUCAUGAAACCCGCCGAUAAAGGAGGAGCUAUCAUUAUUAUGGACUAUGCAAACUACAAAAUGGGCAUAGAUAAUCUUCCAUCCGAUUUAUCCACAUAUCUCCAAAUUCCACGUGACACUCUAACCUCGAUUCUUAACAAAUUGUCGUCUUUAACCAACCUAGCCUUGGACCAGAGAUGGAUAUCUGAGGGUAUUGCUGAGUGGUUGUAUAAUGAAUAUGCUCGUACACCGGUUGUAAUUGACAUAUGUAGCCUCGGCAUCUAA